UCAGAGCUGAAUACCACAGGAUAGGAUCAUGUGCCGCACACAGCGGGCGCGAGCGCCAGACCCCAGCGCCGAAUGGGCAGAUCGUUUCGGCGGCUGGAUGCGAAGGAGUCAGUGCACAAUGCCCACGUUCUCGGUCAUGUACAAAGGAGCUGUUCUUCUCAGCAGGACACUGAUGGGUCCGUAUGGAUCUGAUCGGACCGUCUACUCCAUGGAAUUUACGGACUGUGAAAACGGACUAGGAAUUAAAGUCAUUGGAGGUGUAAAGGAAUGUGGGGAAGAAUUUGGUGUUUAUGUGAAGAGGAUCUUAUGUGGUGGCCUUGCCUCGUGUGACGGACAGCUACGGCCUGGGGACCAGAUUUUGGAAGUGAAUGGGGAAAGUUUAAUUGGAGUCACAAGUGAAAGGGCAGUGGAAAUCCUGAGAGCAGCUUCUGCAACCAAUCACAUGACCCUCAUUAUUGCCAGGGAUGAGGAGGCCAGGAAAGAAUUCUCUGAGCUUUUGGAGAAAUAUGGAUCCAGCAACGUGGGCUCAUCAAGGAGUUCUCCAGUCCAGCAUGGCAGAUACUUAGACAGCACGUCAUCUGGGUCCUCGUCUCGAUCACAGAGCCCGCAGUUGGUUAGCCCAUGUGGCUCGCAGAACACCUACAACAGCACAGGGCCCCUGCCACGGUCUAUGAGUCACCCAGGGGAGACUGUCAUUCAGCUGACCUCAGUGGCUUGCUCUUGUGGCCUGGGAAUCACCAUCGGUGGGGGCUCCAACAGACUUGAUGGGCCAGCAGUUUUCGUCCAGGAGGUGCUGUCUGGAGGUGACUGUUCCAGGCAGGAUGGCCGGCUGAGAGCAGGAGACCAGCUGAUCGCUAUCAACAAGGAGUCUCUGAUCGGCGUGACUCAUGAAGAGGCCAGGAAGACCCUCGGCAAAGUCAGGAGCCGGCAGGAGGGUUCAGUGGAGGUCGCCUUCAUCCCUGCCAGAGGGCCUCUUGCUAGCAGUCACUGUCUGGCCAGAGAGGAUGAGAGGCCUGUGGAGGAUGGGUGUGGUCUGGUCCGGGUAAAGACACACGCCAGGUCCCCGGAGAGGCAGCAGGAAGACCUCGAGCCCAUUCCUCCUUCUGCUCCUGCCGUAUUCCCCUCCAGCACCUUUGUUCCAGGGUCUGUCACAGCACCGGAAACAGGCAUUUCAACGAACACCAAGAUCUCCCUCGACCCGCACAUUCGCCUCAGAUCGGACAAACUACACCUGGCCCUAAGGUAUUUGGGGUUAGAGGUCACGGAAGAAAAGAAGAAGAAAUUAAGACAGAGCUUGGUAACAGACCCCCAAGGAACUGUGGCUUAUGGGGACUUUGUGGAAGCCACCCGGGGCAUUUUACUGGACAAACUGCAAGCAGCGGGUUUAGCCCAAGGACCAUUCAUGUUCACCUACCAUCAAGCAGCCAGCCUGAUGGAUACAUCUGCCUUCUGCUCUCCGAUCCCUGACCCUGCAAUCAGCUGUGCCCCUGAGGGUUUCAAUCCACUAAACACGGAGUUGGCAUCCCAUCAGCAGCAAGUUAAACAGAAAGCCAAAACCUUACCUGGGGAGAGCAAGGCUUCGAAGAGCAAGGCGCCGGCAGCGGAGGUGGUGCAGAGGCAGUCUAACAGCGCCAAGCAGGACUACGAGGAGGCCAUCCAGCUUCUGGAGGCGGAGAUCAAGGACCUGAAACAGCAGCUGGAGGGGGAGCAGCACCGAGCGGGAAGGGACGAUCCCAAGGAGGAUGUUCUUGUACUGAAGAGAAGGCUUUCAAUCAUGGGAAGCCAGCUAAAGAAAUCCGAACUCAGCAGAAAACAUCUGGAGGUCUCCAACAGAGAGCUCUUGGGAUUUGUACGGAAUGUUUUCCGGGUGCUCUCCUCGUCUAGCUUAUUUGGGACGGAGAAUGGCAGCAUCUCCCCAUCCAUUCUUGAGCCUGUUGGACAGCUGGCUGCUGAGGCCAAAGCAGUGGUAGAUCGAGUUUGUUCCCCGGGCACUGAGGAUGAAGCAGCAGGUGAUGUGGAAGACAGCAGUACGGCCCAGGGGGAUUUUGCUGAAUUCUCUGGACGUGGUCUUCUUUCUCGGGACGUCUUGAGAAACCCAUCAGGAGAUGUUCCUGGCAAGUUCAAGAAUAAAAGAAAUGAAAAAAUAAACUGAAAAUGGGCCGGACAGAGGGGCCUGAUGGAUUUUAAGAAAAGCCUGCAAGGUUCCUUGUGAGGCUCAUACAUAAAGCAACAGGAAAACCAAGUGAAAUGAGUACAGGGAAUUACCUAUGAACUUCAGACUUUAUCAGUAAUGCAACUUAACGUUCACCAAAUCCACCCUGUUGAGAUGCUGACGGGCCUGUAUCUGAUGAUGAGUUGGCUUGGGGAUGCACCUGAUCACUGUAACCCUGCCUCUUGUUCUUGCUUUAAUCUCCCAAACCAUGUUCCCUACCCCCUUUCCAACACACGCCUUAGCCCUAAGAUCUCCACAAUGAAAACAGCUAAUAAAGCCAAUCUUUGCUGGCAAGACACAGGCAAACUUUGGACCACAAAGUCUGAGUAUUACCACAGGCCCACAGCUCCUGUAGUCCUACCCAGGCUUAUUAUGACUGUCCUGGGCAGUCACUUAUAUGCAGGUUGACUUGUCCCAGUAGCGUUCCUGAGAUAGGAUGCAGAAGACAUAACACUGAGUCUCCACAUGAAAGCUGCAAGGGUUGGGCACUUGGCAGGGUGGGAAGUAUGGCAUCCUGUCCCCAGGACUGGACUGGAGUGGCAGCAGGCUGUGCUGUGGUGUGUCCUGUAGGAUGGAGAGAUGACUUUGGAUCCUCUGAGCAAGGAUGAUGUGGAAGAUGAUACUAGUGCAGAGUCCUUUUCUUAGGGGAUACCGAGGAAAAAGCACAUGCAGGGCCAUUACGUUCAUGGUACUUCACAUUUAGCUUCUAUAUGGGAGGCGACUGGAGACCUUCUCAGCCUUGGUUGGUUCCUUCGUGAUUCACAAUGGUCAGAUGGUCAUUGGCAACCUUCUCAAAGGCUGGCCUCUCCAUACUCUGGUCCCAUUUUUCAAUACUUAUAUGCUGGUUUGCCUUCGUUCCUCGUUCUCCAUCUCCAUGCAAGGCCAUCCUCCAGGAAGUAGUUCCUUGGGUUUGUCCAGACAUGGUCCAGCAAUGUUGCAAACACUAUCGGAACAUCCUACUGAGAUCUUCCCAAGCCUGCCAGGUGACUAAACUCCAAGGAGCAUCAGAGACAACCCGAUUACACAAGCUCCUCCUCCUUCCAGUGGACCUCAAAGGCAUCCUGGGCCAACACCCAAUGUUUCUUCUUUUACUCACUGCACUGUUUAACUGUCACUCUAGUACGCUCAUUGAGAGCUGAUGGGUUCUGACACUCUGCUGCUGUCAGAUUGAUGCUUCCCUACCAUCCACCCACCCACAAACUAUAUUUACCACAAUCUGAAAUUCAGUUUGAUUUUCACAUGGCUACACUUCUCUGAAUCAAUGAGAUGGACACAUACUUACAAUCAGGAAAAGCCAGCUGGAAUGAAGGAGUCUGUCACACAGCAUCGUUUGAGAAUGGUUAGAUAUCAUUGUAGAUUAUGCUGGAUGCUGUAUAAUGAAGUACUCGUGCCUUGCCAAGGACAGGUUGUAACCAAUUAUGUGCCAAGGACUGGCCACGAUUCAUUUCUAAUGUGCAUGUAAAUGUUCUUCUAAAAUCCACUUUUUUCACAGCUUAUCAUGACAGCCCCAUGGUUGGCAGCCUGUCCCUUUGUGCUUUGCCAAGAAAGAAGAUUUUUAGUGGUUAUUACUAGGAAGGGAAGAAUUACUUGGUUUUACUGAGAGAAUAGAAGAAGAUAAUGGGUUUGUGGUCUAACCCUCCAACUUACCAGAAGAUACUGUAUCCAUAUUUAUUACAAGUAUUAUUCUAGUCAGCUGACACUUGCCUAUACUGUGUUUGCCAUUAAAAUAAAUUGCAUUUUACUAUGA